GGUUGAGCCUCUUGAGAAGAAGGAAGCUUUCCAGGCGCGCGAGCCUCGGAGGCGCUCUGUGCCGAGCCGGCUGCUGUUUGGUGCUCUGACCUCGACUACGGCAGCAGGUCCCUCCACGUGCUUUUGGCGGCGCCAUGGAGCUGGAAGAGUCGGGGAUUGGAGAGGAAUGUGGGGUGUUCGGGUGCAUCGCCUCUGGAGAGUGGCCCACACAACUAGACGUGCCACAUGUGAUCGCUCUGGGACUCGUGGGGCUGCAGCACCGGGGUCAGGAGAGUGCUGGAAUUGUGACCAGUGAUGGGAGUUCAGUGCCAUCAUUCAAAGUACAUAAGGGAAUGGGCCUUGUAAAUCAUGUUUUUACUGAAGACAACUUAAAGAAAUUGUAUGUUUCAAAUCUUGGAAUUGGACAUACAAGAUAUGCCACUACAGGAAAGUGUGAAUUAGAAAAUUGUCAGCCCUUUGUUGUUGAAACACUGCAUGGGAAAAUAGCCGUGGCACAUAAUGGUGAAUUGGUAAAUGCUGCUCAAUUAAGGAAAAAGCUUCUGCGUCAUGGCAUUGGUCUAUCAACAAGCUCUGAUAGUGAAAUGAUAACCCAGUUACUGGCGUAUACCCCUCCUCAGGAGCGAGAUGACACCCCAGACUGGGUAGCAAGGAUUAAAAAUUUAAUGAAGGAAGCACCCACAGCGUACUCCCUGAUUAUAAUGCACAGAGAUGUUAUUUAUGCAGUACGGGAUCCUUAUGGAAAUCGUCCUCUCUGCAUUGGCCGUCUUAUUCCAGUCUCUGAUAUAAAUGAUAAAGGAAAGAAAACAUCAGAAACUGAAGGAUGGGUGGUGUCCUCAGAAUCUUGCAGCUUUUUAUCUAUUGGUGCAAGAUAUUACCGGGAGGUCUUGCCUGGGGAAAUUGUGGAAAUAUCCAGACAUAAUGUCCGUACUCUUGACAUUAUACCAAGAUCUGAAGGAAACCCAGUGGCUUUUUGUAUAUUUGAAUAUGUUUAUUUUGCAAGACCAGAUAGCAUCUUUGAAGAACAAAUGGUUUAUACAGUCAGAUACCGCUGUGGUCAGCAGUUGGCCAUUGAAGCUCCUGUGGAUGCAGACAUGGUUAGCACUGUCCCAGAAUCUGCUACACCUGCUGCUCUUGGUUAUGCAGCAAAGUGUGGACUUCCAUAUGUGGAGGUGCUGUGUAAAAACCGGUAUGUGGGAAGAACCUUCAUUCAGCCAAACAUGAGACUGAGACAACUUGGUGUGGCAAAAAAAUUUGGAGUAUUAUCAGACAACUUUAAAGACAAAAGGAUUGUUCUUAUAGAUGACUCAAUUGUAAGAGGCAAUACCAUCUCACCCAUAAUAAAAUUACUCAAAGAAUCUGGUGCCAAAGAGGUACACAUUCGAGUAGCUUCACCACCAAUUAGAUAUCCAUGCUUCAUGGGAAUAAACAUUCCUACGAAAGAAGAACUGAUUGCCAACAAACCAGAAUUUGAUCAUCUUGCAGAAUACCUAGGAGCAAACAGUGUUGUAUAUCUGUCAGUAGAAGGACUGGUUUCAUCUGUACAAGAGAAGAUCAAAUUUACAAAACAGAAAGUAAAAAGGCAUGACAUUAAAAUUCAAGAAAAUGGAAAUGGUCUGGAAUAUUUUGAAAAGUCUGGUCAUUGUACAGCUUGCCUCACUGGCAAAUACCCUGUAGAACUGGAAUGGUAGCUGAUGGGGAAAGAUACAUUACUUGCAGACAGAAUGCUGGUCAAAAGUGGUGGUUAUACAUUAUUUACUUAAUUGGUACAAAAUAAAAUGCCAUAUGCUUAUGUUUGCCUUCAGAAGUUUUGAAACUUUUUUUCUGAAAAGGGUACCAAAGUGUUCUAAUUGGACCUUCUAAUUGCAUAUAUUUCAACAUGCAGGAUAUUUUAUGUAUAUAUGUAUAUGUACAUGCAUAUAUAUGUGUAUAUACAUGUAUGUGUAUAUACAUGUAUAUUAUAUGUAUAAGCAUUGGCUAAUCUUUAUGUGGUCAGAGAAGGCAGGUAGUUAAACGAUAUUUGUCUAGUCCAUGCUAUAAGGGUGUGCAAGAGGUUAACAACUAGGAGUUGUGACAUGGUCAGAUGAGUUAAAUAUACCAAUUCAUGUGAAAUUUGAAUUCAUUAUAACCCAUAGGUGUUUUUACUUCUACCUACAGUCAUAGCUGGCUUCUCUGUCUGCCUUAUUCCCCACAUCAUUAUUUUGGGGAUUUAGUGUAUUAGAAAAA